UCAAUUCGGCAUGUAUUUUUUUAAAAUAUAGGUACCGUUAAGAAGAGCUACUUCUAUGGAAUUUGACUCUUCCUAUGCAGUACUACUGUAGCUACUUCUAGUGAACACCAGAUGGCGACGUGUAAUCUUUUUAACUAGGGCUUUGGACUCCACUGGGAGCGCACACAACUGGAUUCCUGUGCGUUUUUGGAAAUGGUCAUUCUCAGCCUGUGUGUAGACAGAGCAAGCAGAGCUGUGGACUGGACUACCUUAAGCAGAUCAGUUUAAUCAGCGGAAUGUUUUCUCGAGCUGUUCUUCAGAGUGGAAACUAAAGCGGUCAACGACAGCGGUGCCCCGGGGGCGAUGGGCUGGUGUGCAGGUGAGCCGACGUGAGAGCAAGCUCCCCGUAGGAAGACUGCUUUGGUCCGCUCGCAGCACUUCGACAUUUUAAGGACGCUCUCCUUGGGGGCACAGAGACAUGUCAAGAGACAGCAUGACAGCUGUACAAGGAAACCAUUCACAAAACGCUAGCCCCGCUUCACCCAAAGUGAAUGGGCACACCGCGCCGAGUCCAGCUCAACCCAACUUUCGCCAUCCUUCAGCGACGACCAUAAACGACGAAACCCCGCUGUCAUCCACCAGUGAGCUGACCCAGACCUGGGUGCACUUUGCUAAGACAUUUGUGCUCAUUUUCCCCAUUUACGCACUUGGUUAUUUUGAGUUUAGUUUCAGCUGGCUGCUUAUUGGACUUGUGAUCUUUUUCUGGUGGAGGAGGAACACGGGGGGUAAACAGAACCGACUGAGCCGAGCACUGGCUUUCUUUGAGCAAGAGGAGCGAAGUGCCAAAUGUGCCCUCACCACCUCUGAUUUACCACCAUGGGUCCACUUCCCAGAUGUAGAGCGGGUGGAGUGGCUGAACAAGACAGUGAAACAGAUGUGGCCCUACAUCUGUCAGUUUGUGGAAAAGCAGUUCCAUGAGGUGAUCGAGCCGGCGGUGAAGGAGUCCAACGCCCACCUCAGCACCUUCUCCUUCACCAAGAUCGACAUGGGAGACAAACCGCUGAGGAUCAACGGGGUCAAGGUUUACACAGAAAACAUGGAUAAGCGACAGAUUAUUAUGGACCUACAGAUCAGCUUUGUUGGCAACACUGAGAUCGAAGUAGACAUUAAACGCUACUACUGCAAAGCUGGCAUCAAGAGCAUCCAGAUCCACGGUGUGUUGAGAGUGGUGAUGGAACCGUUGCUGGGUGAUAUGCCUCUCGUCGGAGCUCUGUCUUUGUUCUUCCUGAAGAAGCCACUUGUGGACAUAAACUGGACCGGCCUCUCCAAUAUACUGGAUAUUCCUGGGCUCAACGGCUUCUCUGACAGCCUGAUUCAAGACAUUAUCUACAGUUAUUUGGUAUUACCCAACCGACUCACUAUCCCACUUGUCGGGAAUGUGGAGCUGGCCAAGCUGCGCUUUCCAAUGCCAAAGGGAGUCCUAAGGAUUUACUUCCUGGAGGCUCAAGAUCUGGAAGGGAAGGAUACAUUUCUGGGAGGGCUGAUCAAAGGCAAGUCCGACCCAUACGGUAUCGUGCAGAUCGGCAACCAGUUGUUUCAGAGCAAGACAAUUAAGGAGACCCUCCAUCCCAAGUGGAAUGAAGUAUAUGAGGCACUGGUGUAUGAGCACUCGGGUCAGCAUCUUGAGAUAGAGCUGUUUGAUGAGGAUCCGGACAAAGACGACUUCCUGGGGAGCCUUAUGAUUGAUAUGACCGAGCUGCACAAAGAACAGAAAGUUGAUGAGUGGUUUGCUCUUGAAGAAGCACCUACCGGGAAACUCCAUCUGAAACUGGAGUGGUUGUCACUGCUCUCCACUUCUCAGAAGUUGGACCAGGUGCUGCGAAGUGUUCGAGCAGACAGAAGCCUGACUAAUGAUGGACUAUCGUCAGCACUGCUGGUGGUCUAUCUGGACUCAGCAAAGAACCUGCCAAGCGUCUUCUCAGGCAGUUUAGGCUGUGGAAACUUGAGUGAGAGGAGGGCAUCUGGCCUAGUCUUUUGUGAGAGCAAUACUUCAGAGUAUAGAACAAUAUGUUCUGCCAAGAAGAACAGCAGCGAACCCAGCCCUUAUGUUCAGUUCACAGUUGGACACAAAACGCUUGAGAGUAAGAUCCGGUACAAGACCAAGGAGCCUCUGUGGGAAGACUGUUUUUCAUUCCUUGUCCAUAACCCGAGGAGGCAGGAGCUGGAGGUGGAGGUAAAAGAUGACAAGAACAAGUGCACUCUGGGUAGCUUGAUGGUGCCUUUGAGUAGCCUGCUGGUGGAGGAAGACAUGACGCUGACUCAGUGCUUUCCUCUCAAGAACUCUGGGCCCAGCUCCACCAUCAAACUUAAGAUGGCCCUGAGGAUCCUGUCUCUGGAGAAGCAGGUGUCCUCAGACCAGCCUUCUUCCGUCCAGGUCAGGAAGUCCAGUGUGCCACAGCCACCCACAGCCUCCCCCCUUAGACCGUCAGCCUCAGAUUCCACACUGCCUCCGCCCACGCCUCCACAUCCUAUAGACGCUUCCACUCACACUCUCAAGGACAGGGACGGUGAGCCGUACGCAGCCAGUCCUCACCGCAGUACCUCCAACCUGAGCACCGGUAUGUCAAGCUCCCAGAAACACCUGCCUCAUAACGAGUCCACAGCCAGCCUGGCCUCGGAUAUCUCCCUGCCUUUUGCCACCGUGGAGCUUCAGCAAAGGCUUCGUCAGCUGCAGAAUGGCUCGGCCCCCAGCCAGUACCCCCUGGGUGAGAUCCAGCUGACUGUUCGACACAGCUCCCAGAGGAAUAAACUCAUUGUGGUGGUGCACGCCUGCCGCAACUUGAUAGCCUUCACCAAAGACAGCUCGGAUCCCUUCAUACGCCUCUAUUUGCUUCCUGACAAAAGUCGGACGGGGAGGAGGAAGACGAGCACAAUGAAGAGGACUCUUAAUCCUAUUUAUGAUCAAACGUUUGAGUUUAGUGUAUCUAUGGUGGAGCUCCACAGGAGAACUCUGGAUGUAGCUGUGAAGAAUGGAGGGAGCAUCCUGUCCAAACACAAAGGGCUUCUGGGAAAGGUGCUGGUAGAUUUAAGUGGGGACGACAUACCAAGAGGAUGCACACAGUGGUAUGAUCUAAGUGAAGAUGGUUUGUCGCCUCAAGCCGUAAAAAGUAUUCAAGAUCCUGUCCUCACAUAGUGGCAUCACCUCUCAGCUGUAACAUAGUUAUCUUGUUCAUCUAAGGGCACAUGCUUCUGUUGUAUUUAUAUGUGAUCCCCAUUUAUUUUACAGGAACAAUUUCAGCAUGUCUUUUUUUCAGCAUUUCCUGUUACUCUUUCAUGAUCCUGAUUGGAAGCUAUUGUAACAUAUUGUAAUGUGUUCAAACACACGUACUGCCUUGUCUCUUUUUUUGAGUGUUUUAUGUAAAUAUAUAUAGUUACAAGAAUUUGCAGGGGGUUUCAUGGCAUUAUUCUUACCUUGGAGGAGGUGUUCUGUUGAAAUCUGUCAGGAUUCUUAUGACUUUCUAUCCAGUUUGUUAAAAUGUGAAGAGUUUAGUUUUGUUGUUUGAGAAAACUCUAACCAAAGGAACAAAUAAAAGUAGGCUUAAGUAGCAGUCCAGAUUUGAGAUUUUUUUUUUUGUUUUUGUCAUGCAGUAUUAUUUUAUUGUUUACCUCUUCUUAUUAAUGCUUCAGUAUGAACCCGGAAUGCACAUAUGCAAAGAAUAAAAUGACUGCUCUGUAUAUUUUAGGAGAUUUGUGCAAUAGUUGUUGAUCUGAAUGAGACCUGGGGGCAUUUUUAGGACUAUGAACAAGUGCUGUGCGUUAUGCAAAGGAUACUUGACUGUUUUCAAACCAAAUGUAAGUCGAACGAACUGAAAAAUAUGAACAGUUUUCACGUUUUACAAGCAGGGCUGCCUGUGUCAAGAUGAUGCAUCUGUGUCAUGCUUGUGUAUGUUUUGCCAUGCAGUUAUAAGUUUUGUUGGAGCUGUUCAAUACAUUACUUGUUAUCUGUGUGCCUUAACACACCAACCCACCCACACACACCCUCCCACACACACACACAAAUGUAAUUUACUUGCCUUCUUAAUGUUAUUAUUUUGGAUGAUAUAAUGCCUGAUGGCUUUUGAUGAAUACAAGUUUUCUCUUGUGAAAGCUGUUGUGCAUUAUUUUACCCCAGUUUCAUGUGCUUCUAUGAUGGUCCCUGAAUUUUCCAACUUUGUUGUGUUUAAAGUUGUUCUUAAAUUCGGAAUAUGAAAACCGAAUGGAUGAUGAACAACAUGCUGCCAGCUCUUUCUAAGAUAUAUUUGCUUUAUCUGACUUGUCAGUUUUCUAGGCUGGUAAAGUAACAAUACCAUACACAGUUAAACAAUGCCAAAGGGUACAUGAAUUUGCACCAUUAAUCAGAGCUUUUAAAUUAGCUAAAUAUUUACUUCAGUCCACGCUCUCUUUUUUGUAUGUGUAUAUCACAAACAAUUAAGGUCAUUUUCU